CUGAUGUCGCUGAGGGUAUCACACACUCACAGAGGAGGAGAGGAGAGGAGAGGAGAGGAGGCUCGGACACGGUGGACACCAGUUCCCCGACCUCACGCAUACACACUCCACCAGCGUCUGCAGUCUGUGCGUAAAAGCGCACAGCCAAGACAGACUUCAGAGACGGCUUCCCUCUCCCUCCCUCCUGCCUGCUCUUCAGGGUCUCGCCCGUGACCCUCAGGCCCGCUUCUGCUGAGUUGUGGCCGGUGCGUUCCAGAGCCCCGGGUCACCCAUGAGGCUUGAGGCCGCAGCCAGGAUGGAUGUGUUCAGGAAGCUGUGGAGUGCGAGGAAUAUGAUCGUCGUCGUGUUCAUCCCGCUGGCCCUGCUUCCAUUACCACUCAUCCACCCCACCAGCGAGGCGUGCUGUGCGUACGUGCUGAUGGUGACAGCAGUAUACUGGGUGUCCGAGGCCGUUCCUCUGGGUGCUGCUGCUCUGGUCCCAGCUUUCCUCUACCCGCUGUUCGGAGUCCUCAAGUCCAGCGAGGUAGCGGCUGAAUACUUUAAAGACACCACUCUGCUGCUGAUGGGAGUCAUCUGUCUGGCAGCUUCCAUAGAGAAGUGGAACCUGCACAAACGCAUCGCUCUGCGUAUGGUGAUGAUCGCAGGAGCCAAGCCUGGCAUGUUGGUGCUGGGCUUCAUGUGCUGCACUGUGUUUCUGUCCAUGUGGCUCAGCAACACGUCCACCACAGCCAUGGUGAUGCCCAUCGCUGAGGCCGUCCUGCAGCAGCUCAUCUGCACCGGCCUGGCCGACAGCCAGGACGACUCCGAGACUGCGGAUGCCCCAGAGGAUGACAGCGCUGUUUUAGACGAACAAGAAAAGCGGGACAGGAACCAGCUAAAGCUGAUCUAUCACAGCAACAGCGAUGACCGCACCAAACAGGAGCUUGCUACAUUCAGUGAGGCUCACAGUGGGGAGGUAAAUGGUUUGAGUCUAAAGCCAGUCUCAAACCAGGACUUCAUCGGUAACACUAAUGGACACAUGUCGCAGGUCGCCGUUGAAAUUCCAAACGUGAAGCGGGUGAAGGCCAGGAGAGACUCCCAGUAUCCCACCAAGAAAGACCACAUGAUCUGUAAAUGCCUGACGCUCAGCAUCACCUACGCCGCCACCAUCGGUGGACUCAUCACCAUCACGGGCACGUCAACCAACCUCAUCUUUGCCGAGCAGUUUAACACUCGCUAUCCAGAUGCAAAGGUGAUAAACUUCGGCACAUGGUUCAUCUUCAGCUUCCCCAUCGCCAUCAUCAUGCUGGUCCUCACCUGGCUGUGGCUGCACUUCCUCUUCCUUGGCUGCAACUUCAGGGAAACGUGCUCACUGAGUAAGAAGCGCAAAACCAAGAGGGAGAUUAUAUCAGAGAGGAGGAUUCAUGAGGAAUACGAAAAACUGGGAACCAUCAGCUACCCAGAGGUGGUGACCGGUGUUUUCUUUGUCCUGAUGACUCUGCUGUGGUUCACCAGAGAGCCCGGGUUCGUGCCUGGUUGGACCUCUCUCUUUGAGAAGAAAGGCUACAGGACUGAUGCCACCGUAUCUGUCCUUCUUGGCUUCCUGCUCUUCCUCAUCCCUGCCAGGCGACCCUUCUCUUCCUCCUCCUCCUCCUCCUGCUGCAGAAACACGGAGUCAGACCCACUGGCUCCAAUGAUCACCUGGAAGGAUUUCCAGAGACUGAUGCCAUGGGAGAUCGUCAUCCUGGUGGGAGGGGGCUACGCACUGGCUGCUGGUUGUAAGGUGUCAGGCCUGUCGGUAUGGAUCGGCAGACAGCUGGAGCCCAUGAGCGGUCUUCCUCCCUGGGCCGUCACCCUGCUGGCCUGCCUGCUGGUGUCGACAGUCACAGAGUUUGCCUCCAACCCAGCAACUCUCACCGUCUUCCUGCCCAUCCUGUCCACACUGUCAGAGACUCUGCUCAUCAACCCCCUCCAGACUUUGAUCCCAGCCACCAUGUGCGUGUCAUUUGGGGUCAUGCUUCCAGUCGGGAACCCCCCCAACGCCAUCGUCUUCAGUUACAGCCACCUGCAGAUCAGUGACAUGGUAAAAGCAGGCUUUGGGGUGAACCUUAUCGGCGUGGCGGUGGUUAUGUUGGCCAUAACAACAUGGGGCGUUCCACUCUUCAACCUGAAUGAGUUCCCAGCCUGGGCAGCAGCCAGGAACGUCACUGGAAGCUUAUAACCACUGAGAAGGGGAAUGGUUUGAAUCAGUGGGAGAUGGAAAGAGACAACAGACAACAUGUCUGUGUGGAAUGUUGUGCCUGAGCGGAUGUUUCACCCUGAGGUGAGCCCUUUGCUAGACCUUGAUG